GCGAUGACGUCACAACGUAGCUUGUUGGGCUGGCGAAUUUGCGGCGAUGGCGACGACGACUCUUUGCUGGAAAGGGACGCAGUAAAGCUGGCCUCGGUUCGGAUAUGAGUAAUGCCUAUUUGAUCGAGAUUUGUUUGCAUGUUUCCAAUUGCGCGUGCUUCGGGUGAAUCUUUGCUUCCUGAGUUCUCGUCGCUCACUCCAUCGAUUUCCAUGUGUUAUUUGUGAGAAUUUCUAAACAGGAACACUAGGACUUCACUUUGUCCAUCACUGAUUGCGAUCUGUGACCUAUCCAGGCCAGAGUUACUUGUUGGGUGAACCACACUCCUUCACAGGGGACAUGGAGGAGGUGCAACAGAGCCUGGAGUGUAUCCAGGCCAAUCAGAUCUUUCCCAAGAAGUCCCCUGUUCUGGAGGAGGAAAACAUGCAGGUGCCAUUUCCUGAGCUGCACGGGGAGUUCACAGAGUAUGUGGGGAGAGCAGAGGAUGCCAUCAUCGCAUUGUCCAGCUACCGCCUACACAUCAAGUUCAAAGAAUCUUUUGUCAACAAUUGUUGUUGUGAGGUCUCAGUUCCACUUCAGCUUAUAGAGAGCGUAGAAUGUCGGGACAUGUUCCAGCUCCAUGUCACCUGUAAGGACUGCAAAGUUGUCAGGUGUCAGUUCUCCACCUUUGAGCAGUGCCAGGAAUGGCUGAAGCGCUUGAACAUGGUAGUGCGCCCUCCCUCUCGCCUAGAGGAUCUGUUCUCCUUUGCCUUCCACGCCUGGUGCAUGGACAUGUAUGCUGGAGAGAAGGAGCAGCAUGGCGAACUGUGCAGGCCAGGUGAACAUGUGACCUCCUGGUUCAAGAAUGAGGUGGAGAGGAUGGGCUUUGACACUCAAAAUGCCUGGAGGAUAUCUGACAUCAACAGCAAGUUCAGGCUUUGCCCGAGCUAUCCUCAGCAGCUCUUGGUGCCAGCCUGGAUCACUGACAAGGAGCUGGAAAAUGUUGCAGCCUUCCGCUCCUGGAAGAGGUUUCCCGCUGUGGUUUAUAGGCACCAGAGCACUGGAGCUGUAAUCGCACGUUGUGGCCAACCAGAGGUCAGUUGGUGGGGCUGGAGGAAUGCUGAUGAUGAGCACCUGGUCCAGUCCAUCGCCAAGGCCUGUGCUGUGGACAGCAGCUCCCGCAAACACCUUACCAACGGCAACUACACCAAUGGCUCAGACCUACCUGACUCUGACUUUGAAUCCUCCAUGACCAACAGCUCAGAGGUGGAGACGCUCGCCAUUCAACCCCACAAGUUACUGAUUCUGGACGCCAGAUCUUAUGCUGCUGCUGUGGCUAACAGGGCCAAGGGUGGUGGUUGCGAAUGCCCAGAGUACUAUCCCAAUUGUGAGGUGGUGUUUAUGGGUAUGGCUAACAUCCACUCUAUCCGCAAGAGUUUCCAGUCGCUGCGUUUCCUCUGCACGCAGAUGCCUGAUCCAGCCAAUUGGCUUUCUGCACUGGAAAGCACUAAGUGGCUGCAGCACCUGUCCCUGUUGUUGAAGGCUGCGUUGCUUGUGGUGAAUGCCGUGGACCGAGACCACAGGCCCGUCCUGGUGCAUUGCUCUGAUGGCUGGGACCGCACACCUCAGAUUGUUGCUUUGUCCAAGCUGCUCCUGGACCCCUAUUAUCGCACAAUUGAGGGCUUUCAGGUUUUAGCAGAGACAGAGUGGCUGGACUUUGGUCAUAAGUUUGCUGAUCGAUGUGGCCAUGGAGAAAAUUCUGAGGACCUAAACGAGCGCUGCCCUGUCUUUCUGCAAUGGCUGGACUGUGUUCACCAGCUGCAGAGGCAGUUCCCAUGCUCCUUUGAGUUUAAUGAGGCCUUCCUGGUGAAACUGGUGCAGCACACCUACUCCUGUCUGUUUGGCACCUUCCUUUGUAACAGCGGGAAGGAGAGGGAGGAUCGCCAUGUUCAGGAGAGGACCUGCUCAGUUUGGUCACUACUGCGACCAGCGAACCGCAGCCUGAGGAACAUGCUGUACUCCUCACACUCUGAGACUGUUCUCCACCCAGUGUGUCAUGUGCGCAAUCUGAUGCUGUGGACAGCAGUCUACCUGCCCAGUUCUUCACCCACAACUCCAUCUGAUGACUCCUGUGCCCCUUAUCCUGUGCCCAGUGCCAACCCAGAGGAUGCGCCCCUGGGCAGGCGAACAAAGACUCGCUCCUUCGAUAACUUGCCCAGCGCAUGUGAGCUGGGAAGCUCGCUGGCCCCUAACCGCCGCUCAAGUGACCCAAGCCUCAAUGAAAAGUGGCAAGACCACCGGCGCUCUUUGGAGCUUAACAUGGCAGUGGGACCUGAGGAGGGUGGUGACCAGGAUCAAGUGGUGCAGACUAAUGGAACAGGGCCUUACCCAGACAGAGGGGAUUCUGAGCUGGAUAAAAAGCCACAGCCCCAGGGCUCAGAUGCUGAGCUGAAACAGGGAGUUGCUGUGACUCUGUCAGCAACAGGAGGGGAAGCAGAGGAGGCAGAGCUCUCUGUGGCGGUGGGCGUGGCUGAGGGCCAAAUGGAGAACAUUCUUCAGGAAGCCACAAAGGAAGAGGCAGGAGCAGAUCAGAAAGAGGGAAGUGCUGCUGUCAUGACUCAGGGCUUGAAAGCUGUUGACAUAGAGGUUGUGAAAGAAGCAAACAGUGAGGAGCAGGAGCAGUGUGAAAAUGUCAAUGGGUCUGAGAUGUACAGUCAAGCAUUUGCUAAUGCUAACCAUCCAGGAAAUGGUGUAAUAGAGCCUGAAGAGGAUGGUGACUCUCCCCCUCUGCCCUCACAGAAGACAAAUGAGCUUAAUCAACAUUCAGCAGAGCUAAUUCAGACACAAGAGGUUCUGGUGGAGCAGGAGGCGCUUGCACAUGGGCCCAGUGAGUCAAACUCAGAUGAGCCAGAUCAGUCUGCAGCUCAUAGGACUAUAAGUAAUGGCUUUUUAGACAGGUCACCUAAAGAGACGCAGGUGGAUGAAGACUCACAUCCUGAUUUCGAAUCAGACCGUGGUGUUUCUAAGCCCAUGGAGCAAGUGGAUAAGAAGGGUUCUCUAAUGGAAAGCUCCACAGAAACUUUAACAGAAGAGGUCUGCAGCAGGUUUGAGCCUCAACCACAACUGCCCAGUUGUCUGAGCCAUCAACCGUGCAGUGAUGGCAGGAGCCAGCCUCCCUGUUUCAGAAAAGAAAAGGGGCAAGGUGAGCACGUCUUUAUCAGAACUUUAAAUGGGGGCGGUAAGAGACCCUCUGUCAGUGCCUUUCAGUCAGUGAGUGCUGACCUCGGCAGGGAUGGAUUUUCUAACAGCGACAGCUCCGAUGGGGAGCCCUGUAGUCCUCACUGGACCAAAAGGAAUGGAGAGCGGGCCCCUCUGAGUCGACAGGUGUCCCUAGCUAGCUGUAACUCGCUAAUCCUCCACCCGAGAUGCGGUUGCUCUCAGCACUGCCAUGUGCUGCUCGGCCGGGCCACCAGCAGUCCAGAGCAGCCGUCUCGCAGCCACUUAGACGAUGAUGGGCUCACCUUGCACACUGACGCCAUCCAGCAGAGGCUGAGGCAGAUUGAGGUGGGACACCAGAUGGAGGUGGAAACUUUGAAAAAGCAGGUGCAAGAGCUGCGGAGUCGUCUGGAGAAUCAGCAGCACACUGGGUCCCACAGGAUCAACGGCGAUAUGGGAGACGAAGUGACCUCACUAACAGAUUUGGAGUACAACCUGGGCCAACACUGUUUGUCACGCUGCAGCACGGAGCUCUUUUCUGAGACCAGCUGGGAGCAGGUGGACAAGCAGGAUGCAGAGGUGCAGCUCACUGAUCUUGCGCUCUGCAUGUUCCAGGUCACUCGCUGGUACCCCGACCAUUUGGCAUCGCAGUGUUACCGCUGUGAGAGAGAGUUCUGGCUCGCCACCAGGAGGCAUCACUGCAGUGGCAGGGAACCUGUCCAGGAGGUCUGGAACUGCGGCAAUGUGUUCUGCGCCAACUGUUGUGACCAGAAGAUCCCAGUGCCAAGCCAGCACCUGUUCCAGCCCAGCCGGGUGUGUAAGACCUGCUACAGUAACCUCCGGCUUAGCUCGACCCCCCUCGACCUGGAGCUGGAAAAGCCCAUUGCAGCCAGCUCCAACUGAGCCUCAGAGGAGCAGGAGACGGGACGAGGGCGACUGGCUGAGGAGCUAAGCUCUGACAGAGACGCACUGCUGAAGAGCGCAGGGGUUACACAGAAUGUCUCAUGUACUGUGUGUGUAUGUGUGUGUGUGCGUGCAGGUGCUGCACAUGUGUAUAUAUGUAAGACAAUGUUGAGGAGGAUGUGAAUACAUACUGGUGAGAUGCUGUGCUCUAAACUGUGCGCACAAGGGUGUGUGUGAGUGAGGAUACUGCACAUUGGCCACACACGGGGGUGGAGCUGCAUUCCGAGGCCAGAGGAGUGAGAAUGGACAUGCUGGCGACUUGGAGAAGGUCGUCCCACUGUGUUGUUAGUCUUGUGGAAAGCUUCUGUCCACUCAACCGUUGCCCCGCUACAUUAUCAACUAUUUUCACUGCAUCUCUAGGUUCUCUGGUGGUUGGAAACUUAUGAGCGACUUGCAAAAUGCAAUGACAGUCAUGAGUUCCUCAGCAUUAGAUGUGUGAAUAUUGAUGUGCACAGAUGUUAAGGGGUCAGUUCGCCUACAUUACCAGUGUGUCAGUUUAUACACAUCUGUCAAAGUGAUGCAACAAAGGCUUGUUUGUCUGGACUCCUAGAUUGCUGGAUUCUCUGAAUGUAUUUCUAUUGUGUUGGGAACAGUUCUGCCAUGUCCCAUCUGUCAAAUGCUGGCUUUUAGAAACAUUUUGACCAUCACCCCAGUCUAUCAGGAAUCCACAAACUGGUCUAUUUGGUGAACGAACCCUUUAAUACACUGGGGCUUUAAUGUGAACUCCAAAUAUUUCUCAUCUUUUGUUUUGGUGACCUUUAGCAGCUCUGUCAUACAGAAUUUCAGAGACCUGUGUCUCUGCAGUCUGUGGUGAGUUUCAGCCCACGAGUGAAAUCUUUGAGAACCAAAACAUGUAUAAAUGAUCUCAAAGUACCACAGUUAGCCUCAAAUAAUUUACAGCUUUGUUGAGUUGGGUUAGAGGGCGGACACUGACUGACAGCAUAAUCUCUCCUCUGAGCCUCAUCUUCAUACCCUUCACUCAAAGAGCCCUGUUUUACUGUCCCUACCCAGCAGGCACUGGGGAGAUGACGUCUCGUUUCAUUUUUCAGUCAUUCGAUGGCAAUCAGGAAUGACAGCAUGAACUUGAUGCUACAAGCCUAAAUUCCCUGGUUUUUAUUCUAAAGACGUGACAAUUAUUUAAUCACAGUUGCAGAGGUGGUGGCUGACUUUGGUCCCGCCUUUGAUUCGAGCAUUGAUUGGCUGAAGAAUGGAGGAGCGCAGCAGUGGCAGCAGAAAGGGCUCGGGGCGUUUUCCUAAAAACAGUCACUUUCACACUCUGUGUUCCACUCUGCAUAACACCCAUUCAUUGACUUUGUUGUGAACACAGACUCACAUAUUUUGUAAAAUAAAGGAAUAAAAUAAUAUAUUCAGAUACAUAUAUAUAUAUAUAUAUAUAUAUAUAUAUAUAUAUAUAGCAUUUAAGAAAACAAAUGUAUAGAUUCCUUGAAUAGUGGCUCACUUAAUUAGUCACCAAAACGUUUUUAAUUCUUUGUUUUCUUAUGUUUAUUGCUGAAAUGUAACCAAUUUUGGAACCUGUUGAAGUAACAGGUGUGUUUGUGUGUUUUUAUUAGAGAAGCAGGGUUUCCUGUUCUGAUGCUGCAGUGGUUUCUCCCUUUCAAAUGCGAUCGUUUAUUUUAUUUAUUAAAGAAUCGCUGUUUUUAAAAAUCCAGACAAUUCAGAUUGCCACAGGAUAAUCAGUGUUUGCAACAUGGGGAGUUAGAGAUGAGCUGUAAUCUGAUGACGCCCCCUGUUCAUCUCCCAGCCUGCGCUUCAGCAGUUCACCCACGAGGGGGGUUCAAAUCAGCAUCAUGACCUAAAACUUAAAAACUGAGUGUCCAUAUAGCCAACAAGAUGUCUAUGCACUGAGAGACCCGUGGUCCAGAACAAGCAGCCUGAAUCCAAAACAAACGCCCCCCUGACUCACGUAUAGAAACAUUUCUCCAUUUAAACCCAUCGAAACACUACCUCUACUUUGUAUACACACGUGCACACACGAGACUCAGUUUGUAGUUGCUGAGUGACUUACAGUAGAUUUAGAUCACUGAGAAAGGCCUUUAGUUAUUCCUCAACAUGUUUUGAGUUGUUUGUUAUCCUGCAGGAGCUUUAAAGGUACAGCACUCUCACCCCAAUAAUGGUGUUUCUUGUUGAGCGGCCUCAUCAUCCAGCUCGUGCUUCAUUUAGACGUAGGCUAACAGUUGCUGUGGUUUAGCCAUACUGGAUGAAAAGGUUUGAAGUGGUAAACGUGUUUCAUCUGACAGUUUGACCUUACAAAUGAUGUAGAAAUUAGAAAAAACAGCCCCUCAUAUAUAAAAACAUUAAAUAAAAAAAGUUACAUUUUUAAAAAACGUAAUACUUACAAAAACAAGCAAUGUCUCAGCAACAUAAUGGAAGAUUUAACUGUCCAAAAGAAUUUCUUGUAAUUGUAUUUCAGAUGGUACUAAUGCAUGGUUUGGGUUUGACCCUAAUUAGCCUCUCUAAUCCAACUCUGUGCUUUCUCUCCAUGUGAAGAGACUUGAUAAACUGGAACAGAUUGAGUUUAGAAUGCAGAUUUACCACCUGCUCUGUAACCUGAGGUCAGCACUUAUUUUGUAGAUGAUUUACUCCAGGUCUUCACACUCCUUACAGACACACUGAUGGCUGGUAGCGUGCAUUUUCUCUCUCCCUCUCUGCAUCUUCACCUCCAUCACAGACACCAACCAAAUGCUGUUCUAAUAAUCCAGGAAUGUGAAAUGUCUAAAAAAAGUGUUUGCAAGUGAUGUUAAGUUGACACUGCCAGAGUUCACUAAAUAAGGGUGGAAGUGUGCUAUGCUUCAGUAUCGUACAGUAACGAGCGUGAUGAUUGGUUCCAGUUGGUGAUGUGAUAAUGGAGGCACCAGAAACAUACGUUGCCAGAACGAUUCAUUGCUGUGAUUUCUCUUUUCCCCCGUUUCUCUCUUGGUCUGCGUUACGUUGUAGUCCUUUCUGCUCACGCCGACAUGCUCCAUCAGAGGCAUCACUGCUAAGGCCCAGUAAUCACUUGAUGCGAGUGUGUAUGCAUGUGAAUGCAUCAGGCAUCAGUGUGACUCUGUGUGUGUGUGUUCGUGUGUGCGUCUCUUUUGGUGGAGACUGGUGCCAAGCAGUUUUAUUACGGGUCUCUCACAAAGGGAUCGCUCUUGCUUUUGUUUGACUUUUCCUCCGUUCCCUUCUGUUUGAUAAGCACUUUGAACCUUCUCAUGUCUGUCAGAGGCGUGUGUAGCUGUACAUAGCAAUUUCCUGUAACAACAAGUGCUCCUUGUUCAGUCUGAAUAUUUUGUUUUGUUGGAUUUACUUUCAAGAGCAUUACAUUGUUGUAGAUUUAAAGAAGAAAUAAACUAGUUAAACCGA